ACUCGUGGCGGUCGGACGUGCGUCGUGUUGAAUCCGGGUAGACUGUUUUUUUCACUGUGUGCUUUGUUGUGUAGCAAAAUUGAACAACAAGGUGUGUGCCUGCUCAUUGCAGAAGAUCAAAUCCAGUGGCAGCUUCCAGUAGCUGAUAUUGGAAGCAGUACUGUGUGCUGGCAUCAUACGUCAGUGAGUGCAGCAGAAAAGGCGAUAGUGGCUGAAUUCUAGAAAGGAUGCUGGUCGCGAUGUGAGCCGGGCACCAAUUACGUGACAGGAAGAAGGACGUGUGGUGUUCGCGGCGCAGCAAACGUGUGCUGGCGUCAAUUGCUCUCGAUAUCUCUUGCCGUCGUCGUCGUCGCCGCUGUCGUUGUAGUCUUGGUCGUCGUUGUCGUUAGCGUCUUCAGAGUGUAGAUUAUUACCACACAUCGAGUGUGGUGGUUGUAAUUUAACCCAGAACGGAAAACAAGAUAGAAGAAGAGGGCACAAGGUGUCCGUUUGUGAAGAGUGGAAAAUUCCUGUCGCCGCUGAAAAAGGCGUGUGUGUUGUGGCUGGUGAUUAUUUUGUUUUUUUGCAGUCGUGUUUCGGCUCUAAUUGUUUGAUCGAAACAAGUAGUGGGGAAACCGUGAAAUUAGCCUACUACAGCAAGGUCGCAAAGAGUAUAGGUGCCGGAAGGAACGGCGAACGGAAAAAAGGAGCAAGCGUUUGGUGGAAGGCAGCGCACGGAAGAAAGAAAACAAAUAGCUCGAAAGAAGCGUGCAUUGAAUUUGUGCCACCUUCCAUACCAUACGGCAGUGUGCGUACGUGUGUUUAAAUCUCUGUGUGUUAUUACUCCAAGAAAAAUUGAAAUCAAUUAAAAAAGGGCAACGAAUAAUAGUGGUGUCUAGUCAUAGAAGAGCAAUGUGUUGGUGUAAAUAAAUAGGUUGCUGUUUCGAUGCUCUGGGUUCUUGCUCGAAAUUCUGGUUCUCGUUGGUUAUGGCUUGAGAUGCGAAAUCGAGAAGAAAUCUCGGUUUUUGUGUCUGUGUAAGGAGCCCAACUGCUGGGUGAAACAGGCGAGCAGAGUAGAAGCGAACGUGGUUCCGAAAGGGAACUCGGGAAUAAACCCAGUCAGUCGGUCUGUACUAGAGGAGUGUGUGUGUUUCUGUGCAAAAUAUGUACAUGUAUUCGCUGUGAGACGGUCGAGCAGAAGAAAAUUACAAAGUGCGCGAUUGCCGGUGUAACGAUGAUAAUUGUAAAUAAAGCUCGCCGUCGACGUGAGAUGGCUAGUUCGGCUGAACUGCAGCUGGCGAGUCGCAAAGAGCGAUACAAACUAUGCGUACCGCCAGAUCCUUUGCAGAAUGCAGCAAUGCUGAAGUUAGGAUUUUUGCUACUCUUCAUCGUCGGUGCUGGCAGUGCUACGCAGCCAACGACCGCUGCUGGCAUUGAAAAAUCGGCAAAUGCAGGUGUUGGUGUUACCACGGCUACCAACAGCGGUACGGCUGAUAUCGCUGGUGGUGGUAGUGAGCAGUUAGCGGUUACUGCAGCUCCCAGUGAUAAUGGUGGUGUUGGUACCAUUAAUUACGUGAAUCAAAACAAGAAUAAAGAGACAACGGAAGGAAUCAUCGUGCAUUCUACGCUACCGUCAACAACGAGAAUAGGUUCAGUGACAUCCAACCCGACCGCAGCGGCUUAUGACUCCGAUUUUCUAGGUUUGUUGUUCUCAUCAAUACCGAAAUAUUUUAUCAACAUGAACAGGUGCGACUUAUGUAACAGCGAAAAAGCAUUGUCAACACAACAUAUGAGUUUUGCUAUCAGUGCUACCAAAUAGCUGAUUUUUUAAUAUAUUACGCUUAGUUUUGGCGAUGAACUGACAUUCCUUGGCACUAGCUAAACAAUUUUAUUCGUACAUACUAAGUUAUUAGCUUCACCAUUCGGCAAAUGGCUGGUAAACACCCCCUAUUCCAAAAUAAUGAUGGUGAAAACUGUGACCCUUCUACGAGUACAUCUCGCCACUCUAACCUGACAAGCCCAUUUAAACACUUACUAGUCGUAAGUUUUCGGAGUGAUGCACGACACGAACAACACACCAGCCGUAGCAUCCUGACCUGACCUGCCCUCAACAGCAGCAUAAAUAUGGGCCGCAUGCCGCUCGGGGCGACACCACCCGCUCUCCCUGCGCAAUGUAGCUAUAUGUAGCUUUGUGCUGUCAUCCUGAUGUAUACAACGCCACUGCGACCGGUUUUUACCUCUAUUAGGCAGGUGGCCCCGCCGCUGAUGGAUCUACUAGGCCACACUGCUGUUUAUGCUAGGAGAAAGCCCCCUCUCAGAAUCAGGCCAACACCAUUCACGAGCGGAGACCAACCAACCAACCAACCAACCUAGCUUCCGAAUCCGAGGAGCGAGUAGUAGGGUCGACCUGAUGGUAAAUUGCGCUUCGUCAUCUUCAGACUAUUAUUCUACUCGAGAGCGGAGUGAAUGGGGCCUCGAAAGCUUUGGCAGCACAAACUGCGGCACAACGGGACGGCGAGGGAGAGAGGUGAAAAAGACGAAAACAAUUGCAGCAUCAUUUCCUGGUUCUUGGCCUCAGUCCUUCGGUGCGGUUAUGAAAUAUGUAUGUAGUAUGUUUUACGUAUCGUAGCUAGGACAGAGCAGAGUAGUUACUUCAGCGGCUGGUAUGGGUAAUGUUGGUUCUAGUUUCAUUAUUAUGAAGGUGAUGCUGCACUGCUAAAAUUAUUCGUGAAUGUUUUCGUAUACAUUAUAAUCUGUGGCGCUUAAAAUAUUGACCAUAUGAAUUACUCCCGGCAAACCUCAAGGGAAUGAUUAGUUUUUUUUUUUUAAUUUUUGAACUAGCAGCUACAGGAAGUCGUUAUUUAUAUUCGGUUUAUCAUCCAACCCCCACCCCACUAUAUUUUAUCUGGUUAGUA